GAGACCCACAAAGGCAGUGUUUGUUUCUGGUAGAGGAUAGUGGCAGAGAUAUUCAGUGGAAGUCGGCUGAUGACAAAUUCACGGAUAACGAUGAGGGUGGCGAUACAGACAUCCGUUUGGAUGCUUCUUCUGUUGAAUUUUACAUACGCCACUGUAACAGGUUUUCAAGACCCCUGCAGUCCAGGCUGCAAGUCGGGAGAAACAUGUCUGCAAGGACCAACAUCAAGUAGCUGCAAAUACGUUAUGGUUCACAAUCCCAACGUGACCAGCAUAUCCUCCACGUACUCCAUCCAGGCCCUGCAAUUCGAGGUGGAGUAUUACGACGAAUGCAUAGGCAGGUGGGUAGAGACGAGCAACUUCACAGCGCAACUCAAUGGCCUACCGUUUAGUGUUGUCAUGGCCGACAAGCACAAGGGGACGUACUUCCGAUCACGGCUCAACAUGAAAACACCACAGCUCUACACGAUCUCUGUUGUAACCAUCGGCGCGCCCCCAACAGGGCAUCCAACCUACCGCUUUCCCAACUUUCCGUACCUCAUUUCGGCGACGGACGUCCGCAACAACACACAAGCCAUGGUGACCAUUUCUCUACCAACUAUUGAAGGAUCGCCCGAUCUGCAAGUCGAAAUUGGCGACUCAAAACAUAUAUUGGCAGCGGUCAACACGUCCGAGAGCACGGUAUCACAUUAUGUCGACCUCGCCCUGAGUCGCCAAUAUCAGAUCCGCGUUUCCAGCCGCGCGGCUUCGGGCUCAGUUGCUUUUCCAUCAAUGGCAGUGUCUUUCCAUAUUGGAGGGAUGUGCAGCUAUAUGGGACAGUCCUAUCCAGACGGCGGGCAGUACACGGAUAACUGUGCAUUCGGCAGCGAUUGCACGUGUAACAAUGGAGUGGGUGGGUGCCCAAAUUCGAAACCGUGCACUGAUAGCCCCUGUAACGGCACGACGCAUUGCUGUCAGGAAUGCCCACCUACGUGGACCGAUGAUAUCAAUGAAUGUAUCAGCCCUGCUAACAACUGUUCUCCAUUCGCCAAAUGCACAAACACCUAUGGGUCUUAUACAUGCACGUGUCGUAUGGGUUACCACGGGAACGGUGCAACAUGUAACGAAUGCAAAGUCGACCCCGAGUCUAACAUUGUAACAUUACAUCACUGGAAAGCAGUACCUGUCUCUUGCAAAACUGGGUUUAAGUAUAUACCAACUCAUUUGACCAAAGAAUGCCAAACCUUCUCGGAAACUGGCUUUUGGAAAAACAUUGGAGAGUGUGAAGAUUUCAAUGAAUGUGUCAAUUCUACUCAUGACUGUCAUUCAUCAGCAGUAUGUACAAACACCAAGGGUUCAUUCACAUGUGCGUGUAAAGCUGGAUUUUCCGGAGAUGGCAAAACUUGCGUAGAGAUCGAUGAGUGUAGCAGCGGCGGCCAUAACUGUCUCUCAUCAGCGGUUUGCACAAACACUGUGGGUUCAUUCACCUGUGCGUGUAAUCCUGGUCUGACCGGAGAUGGCAAAACGAAAUGCGAUGAUAUCAAUGAAUGCAACAAUGGUAGCUCCUGCGUUCCAUCCGCAACCUGUGCAAACACAUUUGCAUCAUUCACAUGUACUUGCAAACUUGGUUUCCAUUACCAUAACAACACAUGCAAAGGAGCGACCAAAUGUGACGAUGCCUGCACCGAAAUCAGUGCACUUCCCGUAGUAUAUGCCAACGCCACGAGCGCACAAAAGAUUUGUCAAGGGAGAAAACUUGCAUACCAUAAAGAUGCUAAGGUUGUUUCCUUGGACAGUAAACCGUGCGUUCUCAACCAUUUCAAGGCGAUCGGCGUGGAAUCGGACACAAUGUUCUGGACAUCAGACCCUGGUAGCGUAACUGUCCCCCCACAGCUUCUUUCGAGUACAGCGAACCCCGGAGACCAGAGUCGCCCGUAUGUGGUUGUGUGCGAGUUCCAGAAAUAUGAUUGCA